AGGCCGUUGAGAGAUCCAGCAGCUGGUAGUUAGAGGAGCGCCGAAGCAGGCAGAAACCAAGUCAGGCAGGGUAUUUCCUACUCCAUGUGAGAUAAACCGAGUCGUCUACCGCGCAUGCUACAGAAAAUAUGCUGUUCGGUGGCCCGAUGUGUUCCCGAAUCGGCUUCUGAGACAACAUUGUCACCCGGCUGUCGUUUUGGAGGAUUCCUCCCUCCAUCUCCCCGGAUCGCAGCGAACAGGCAAUGACAACGGUCCCAGCAACCCCGCAGCAGAUGAAGGACCGGCUGCUGCAGGCCAUUGACAGUCAGAGCAAUAUAUGCAAUAUGGUGGUUGUACUGGAAGUAAUUGCUUGUCUUGAGAAGUAUCCCAUUACCAAAGAAGCUCUUGAGGAAACACGACUUGGAAAAUUAAUUAAUGAUGUAAGGAAGAAGACCAAGGAUGAAGACCUUGGGAAACGUGCCAAGAAACUUUUGAGAAACUGGCAAAAGCUAAUAGAACCUGGGCCGGCUGUGUCUGCGAGCGUCCCUGGAUCUACCAAUGGCAGUUCUCAUCCCUGCAAAACGGAGUCGUUUCCUCCGGACAUUUCCGUAUCAGGGAAAGGAGUCCCUGAGGUCAAAAUCAGAAAUGAUGUUCAUAACACAUAUUCACCUAAAGCUGAGAAAUCAAGCAGCCGCAAGCGGCGGGCAGAGCACAAGGACAGUGGGGUGCGUUUACCGGAAAAGAUGGCCAAGAUGUCAGCAUAUGAUAAUUCUGUUGCCACACCACCCACCAAUGGGAUUGCAGGCAGUCCAAACGUCCUGCCUGACCAGGAGGUGGUCCCAUCUCCAGACAGAUCUCGAACAGACCAUCUUGAAAACGACAAAGUCAACAGAAUUCCAGUCAAUGCUGUCAAGCCUCGCCCCAGUUCCCCCGGCAUGGCCAAACCACCUAGCACCUCCUCUUUGAUUAAAGUUGCAGUGAUGCAGCAACAGGCUAAACUGGAUGAAGGAGGAGAGAGCUAUUAUCAAACGAGGAGUCCCCGCAGUGUCGCCUCCAGUCCAAGGAGCUUGAAGCAAGACUCUGUAUCCAAGCGUUCUUCGGCAUAUGCAGCGAAAGGAACGCCGAUCCCAAGCCCAUCUUCCAGAGACUCUCCCCUCUUUUUCUCCCAGCCUUUGUCCUCCCCAGGACAAGCGUCGCUCAGCGAGAAGCUGCCUCCUCCUUCUCAUAGGUCUACAGUACACUCUAAUUCAUCAGAAGUCCCUUCGCAUUGCCCGGCUCAAGACAUAUCUGCAACACUGGACUCCCCAUCUGUUUCCCCCUCCCUUUUUCUUUCGCAGCAGAACUUGGAAAUGCAACGAUCAACGUUUGAGGGGGGCGCGGCUGUGUCUGAUGACACAGAUGGGACAGUGGUACCAAUCUCUGAGCAUAAAAGAAGGAAGUACAGAUCUAGAGACUACUCUGUUAACUUAGACGGCCAGAAAUUAGAAGAUUUGACUAAGCCUGUGCGGUUAAAAGAACGCAGACUAACAUUUGACCCGGUCACAGGUCAGAUCAAACCUUUGGUGCAUAAAGAACCUUCUCAAGGGGAGACCGCCCCUGCUCUAGAUCCUGCAGAGUUCAGGCAGAGAAUUGAGAUCCCUGUCCAACAGCCCACUGCCACAACCUCAACCCCAGGUCCCAGCCCAAACCCCUUCCACCAGACGAACUGGAAGGAGCUAUCUAGAAACGAAAUCAUCCAGUCCUACUUGAACCUUCAGAGCAACUUGCUCACCUCCUCAGGGGUUCAGGCCCCUAGUGCACACUUUUUUAUGUCCGAAUAUCUGAAAAAGGAAGAACAAGUGACCAAGGAGACGAGGAAAAUGCACGUUUUGCAGACGGACAAAACAAAAGGGGAUUUACCAGGCGUGAGCCGGGAGGUGACAGAUGAGGACUUGGACAGGAUACACACACAGAACUGGCCGGGUGUUAACGGUUGUUAUGAUACCAAGGGCACCUGGUACGAUUGGACCGAGUGUAUAGCACUGGACCCUCAUGGGGAUGAAAGCAGAUUGAACAUCCUGCCCUAUGUUUGCCUAGACUGAGGGCUUUGCAAAGGCUGCCGUUG